GUUUUCCAUGAUCCCAGACCAGCAGGGGCUGGCACCCCUCACCCUUCUGGGAGUGUUGGAUGCAGCUUUUCCAGCCAGGAGAGCGGGGAGUGGAGGAGGAGCCGCGAGGGGAGAUUAAAGCUCAGCGGGAUUGUUCUCAUUGGCCAUCUUCAAACUGCGGCUCAUUAAUUAAGGCUUUAGGAGCUCACAAAUAGCCCGGCUCUGUCCCCAGGAGCCUGCGCUGCUGCCAGGGGCUGAGCUGCUUUCCUUGGAGCACAAGGAAAAGUCAUGCAGGGACCAAGGCCAGUGGUUCUGAGCGGCCCGUCGGGUGCAGGGAAGAGCACUUUGUUAAAGAAAUUGUUGAAAGAUUACGAGAACGUCUUCGGCUUCAGCGUCUCCCAUACCACAAGGCAGCCGAGACCUGGAGAAGUGAAUGGCAAAGAUUAUCACUUUGUGACCAGAGAGGAAAUGCAGAAAGAAAUCGAUGCUGGUGAAUUUAUUGAGCACGCGGAGUUCUCCGGGAAUAUGUACGGGACAAGUAAAGGAGCUGUGCAGGCUGUGCAGGCCCAGAACCAGAUCUGCGUCCUCGACAUCGACAUCCAGGGCGUGAAGAACAUCAAGAAGACGGAGCUGAACCCCAUCUACAUCUCGGUGCAGCCGCCCUCCAUUGAGAUCCUGGAGAAACGGCUACGGGACCGAAAGACUGAGACAGAGGAGAGUUUACAGAAGCGUCUGACUGCAGCUCGUGUGGACCUGGAGCUCAGUAAAGAGCCCGGGCUGUUCGACCUGGUCAUCAUUAAUGACGAUUUAGAAAAGGCCUAUUCCGAAUUGAAGGCGGUGCUGCUGGAGGAAAUCAAGAAGACCGAAAAAUCCAGGAAAUCCUGAGCUGACCCCGCUGGGGCGUUUCGAUUUUGCACAUCAUUCCCGAAGCACGUCGCACCGUUUGAUUCCAAAAGACAUUCCCUCUAGGCUGCUCCUACUCCCAACUUACUCUAGGAUGUUUAUAUUAAAAGGAAAGAAAAGGAAA